UUUAACUAACUUCUGCGUGAUGAACACAAUGCAUUCGUUUCACAUGACUCUUUAGAAAUCUCAUCACAUAUUCAUGAACUUGCCAAUUAAUCAGCCCCUUGAACCCUUGCCAUUGAUUAACCUCAUGAUGAUAAUAAAUUCCUUUCCUUUUAUUAACCAAUGAAAACUUCAAGUCACUGCAUUUGAUUCCGUUUCCCAGUGGUCUAAACAAAAAGGAAGGUUAACAUAACACAAGAACAAUGAGGCUUACCAUAGUUUCUCUCCUCUUGUUUUCCUGCCUCCAUCUACCUCUUGGCAGCAGCAGCAGCCUUGACAGCCAUUCUUCUGAAGUCAAAGAAACAGCUCCGUCCCACGCGAUAGGACUGUUGAAUUUGAGUACUGGUUCAGUAGAGCUCCAUCCUUAUGAUUGGAGUUACAUGCGAGUUGAGCUGCCAUCUUCAUACUCGUUGGCUUCCAUAUCAGUGCAAUCGAGCAUAUAUGAUGAGGCUAAUGGAACUAGCAGCAGAAAGAGGGAAAGGCUCCCCCUGAUGUGUUUGAGAAAUGGAGGCCCUCCUAUUCCUGAUGUCUCUAGGUUUGCUGUGAACGGUCUUGUGCUGACUCGGCCAUCUGAAGGAAGAACUUAUGUUCAGGAUCAUGAUGAUCAAUGUUACCCCCUCAGGCAAAACAUGUCAUUCAUUUUAACAUAUGAUAAGGUUCCACCAGGGACUUACUAUCUUGGAUUCUUCAAUGGCCUUGGACUUUCAAGAAACCAAGCCAAAUCGACCAAAAAAGGUCUAGGAUUCAGUUUCAGUGCCAAUGUUACAGCACACGGCUGCAAACAGGCUUCAGGUUACCGAGGAGAAAGCUGCAACUUGAGAGUGGAUCAUCUUUCUGCUGCUGCUGCUGGAGCUUCCUGCCAUAACUCAACAGAACUGAAGUUCUACUCUUUGAAUGUUGUUCAAGUUGCACAACAGCUGAAGUUAGGAUUGAAGUCCCCAAAUAAUAGCACUGGUAGAAAUCACCAAAUAAUCUGUUAUGCUCGACUGAAUGCACUUCCGGGCAAUGAUAAUGGGUCCCAUGAUUACUCUGUGGAGAUCAGCAAAGAGCCUCUGGUGAUCUUGUUGCCAAAGAUUGGAACUUGGUACUUCAAGCUCCAGCCUUUGAGACCAUACCAAGAAGAAGAAUCACAGUCGGUUUGCUAUUCAAUGGAUUGGCAAGUGGAAGUAUGCAGCAAUGGAAUGGCAGGGCCAAACUGUUCCUCGAGAACUCAAGUUCUGAAGGGAGUUCAUUUUGGUCUUAGAACUAUGCCCUAUGUUUACUUGCCUGACGUUACAAAAAGCAAGACUAUAAAGCUUCAUCCUGCAAAUUCCACUUCAACAGCAACCAAAAGUUCAGAUUCUGCCUGGACCUAUUACUUCUUCAACACUUCAAAGGGUACAUCGGGGAAGAACAUGUACAUUCGAGUCGAGCCAAGGUCGAGAAUCGAAUUUGACCUGUAUGUCAGAUACUCAGGCUUGCCAUCAGUUGAUCUGUGGGACUACUGCUACAGAAACCAUAAGGCCGAGGGCAAGAACAACAGCAUAAUGUUUAAGGUGUAUGAAGCAGCAAAUGAAGGCAGAAUCAGUUUCUACCUUUUGUAUCCCAAAGAAGGGGAUUGGAUUGUUGGUUUGAGGCACAAACAUGUGGGGAGCAACAACUAUUCUGAUUAUGAUCAAACUUCUGAAGUGUUUGUUUCAAUCGAAAGCUGCCCGAAUCAAUGCUCGGGGUAUGGGACCUGCUUGGACAAAAUGGAUGCAAGUGGACAGGAUUUUACCUACAGCUAUUGCUCUUGUGAUGUUGAUCGUGGAGGGUUAGAUUGCAGUGAAGACAUUCUACAGCGGCGAGUGUGGCUGCUGCAUGACUUGUGUCUUAUAUUCUCAAACCUGGCAGCCUUGCUUCCUGGAUUCUGGACUCUCAGGCAACAUGCAUAUUCAGAGGCAGCAAUCUUCCUGGCAAGUGGAGCAUCAAGUGGGAUAUACCACUCCUGUGAUGUUGGCCUCUGGUGUUUUCUCAAAUUCAAUGUCCUUCAAUUCCUAGACUUCUGGCUCUCAUUCAUGGCCAUCAUCUCCACAUUCUUGUACAUUCCGACCAUAGCCGACCCAGUCAGAGGAUCCAUUCGAGUCAUAGCAGCAAUUAUCACAGCCACACUGACUGUAAUCGGACCGACAAGGUCUGUCAACGUAGCUGCUACGUUUGCUCUAGGAGCACUCUGCCUUUUACUUGGAUGGCUGAUCCAGUACUUCACAGAUCACCACAGAGGAAGAAGACAAUUGCAGGAAUGGCCAAUCCAAUAUGAAAAUGGAGACUGCUCCAAGUUACUGGAUUUGGCAUAGCUUGUGGCAUCUUUGUAUAUAUGUCAGUGCUUUUUUCUUCCUUUGCUGCAAAUUGCAGACAACUUCUGAGAGUGAAAGUGUCCCCAGGGGGAACUGCAGCAGUUGUACAUGUAGUUCUAAUGCUCAAGUGUAGAGAUGAUAAAUUAGUGGAUUAAGAUUUCUUUACUUGUAGUUGUAAGUUUAUUUCUUUCCUCUAUAUUGUGAGACAUUGAUGUGGUUACAACAAAAAUAAUGCUCCAAACCAAUUAGGUUGAAAGUAGAGGUGAAAAUGGGUUGUUGAAUGAGUAAAAAUAGUGCCCCGAG